CCGAAGAGGAGCAGGACGUAUGACGCUCACUGUCCGCCAAUAUGAAGGCACCCGAGGCAGACUGUGCCUUUGAUUUUAAAGAUUAAGCCUUGUGAUUUCUACAAGUGCUAAAUCAGCCAACUGGACUUUAGUAGAUGCGACACCGACAUAAAAUCUUGGUCCUGCAGAAUGUCCAAGAUCAGGCGGAAGGUAACAGUGGAGAAUUCAAAAACCAUAUCUGACAGCAGCAGCAGCACCACAACCAGCAGCACCACCAACCCCGCCGCCCCCUCUCGCAGGCCCAGUGUGUUCGAAAGGCUCGGCCCCAGCACUGGGAGUAAUGCUGCUGAUAGUCACUGUAGAAAUUGGCUGAAGACUGGUAAUUGCAGUUACGGCAACACUUGUCGAUACACACAUGGAACUCAGCCACGAGGCAAAGGAUUUAGCUUUAGCCGGUCAACCGAGAGGCCCACAGGUGAUCUGCGGGAGAGGAUGAAGAAUAAAAGACAGGAUGUUGACACGGAAAACAUAAAGCGAGAUUUAGACGAGCCCACAUCCCCCACAGUGAGACAGAGAGACUCCUCCAGAGGCCGACACAGGGAGAAGGAGGAUAUAAAAAUCACGAAAGAGCGCACCCCAGCCAGUGAAGAAGAGCCCACAGAGUGGGAAACUAAUCGUGAAGAUUCUGAUAUCGGUGACUACGACUACGAGUUAUCCCUUGAGAUGAAGCGCCAGAAGAUUCAACGUGAGCUGAUGAAACUGGAGCAGGAGAACUUGGAAAAGAGAGAAGAGAUUGUCAUCAAGAAAGAUGAGACUCCCACAAAAAGCAGAGCCACAGCCUUGCCCAAGGCCUCCCCCGAGCCACUGAGCUCCAAAGAAUCACACUCUUCCAGAAAGUCUAGUGGCUCCCCAAAACACAAAAGUGGAACCAAAGUGCCCGGCUCUGGGAAGAAGGAGAAGAAGGCAUCCGUGUCCUCGCCUGUUUCAGAAACUGCCAGCAGGUCCUCAAAAGGAAGCCACAGUAAGAAAAAAGGGCCCCGUACCCCCAGUCCCCCUCCUCCAGUCCCUCUGGAUAUACCUGUGGUUGGGAAGAAACACAAAGGGAAACACAAGAACAAGGAGAAAUCUGAGGAGAAGCAGAAGGAGGGGAAAGAUCGGGGAAGAGAUACAGAGAAACAUAAAGAGAAGAAGGAAAAACGCAGGGAUCGAUCAGACAGUUCCCACAAGGCCAAGCGGUCGGUCACAUCAGAGGAGCGUUCUGGUAGCGUGUCGUCUCCAUCCAGGGGUGCGUCGCCCACCGUGAGGAAGAAAUCCAUCUCUCCUAAAGUUUCAUCCCAUAAGGCUGCUGUACUUCCCUCCCCUCCCCACAGGUCUCCUUCACCUCCACGCCACCAGCGAACGCCCACUCCUCCCCGCCACCACUCCCCUUCCUCCCACUCGGGCUCUUCCGCCCAGCGACACUCCCCGUCUCCGCGGCGCCGUCGCUCUUCUUCUCCCUCCUACCACCGGAGCAGCACGGCGCAGGCCUCCUCGCCUCCGAGCUCCCGGCGGUCUCGGUCGCCUCCCGCCUCCCACGACGCUUCGUCUCCUCAUCGGCGGUCCGACAGAUCGAGUCCCGGCCGGCGCCAUUCCAGGGGCCGUGAGAGGAGUCGUGGGGAGAGGGAGAGGAGCCCGCCCACCCAGGAGCGCAGACAUGAGCGCAGAGACGAUAGCCGCAGCAAACGAGACAAAGACAGCGUCCGUGACGACCGGGACUACGACUCGGAGCAGGUCUCGUCCCGUGACGACAGGGACGCCAGAGACGCUCGCGACCGACGGGACGCUCGUGAUCGAGGACGGGAAGCGACGCGAGAGUCUCGGGACAGCAGGGACGUGAAGGACUCGAGAGACAGCAGGACGGACACCCGAACUAGUCGAGAGUCGCUCGAGCGUCGGGACCGCGAGAGAGACCGAGAGCGGGACCGAGAGAAGGAGAGAGAGCGGGAGAAGGAGCGAGAGAGGGAGAGGACUGACACCCAUAGGAAGGAGGAACUGGUCCAGGACGACAGGAGUUACGGGAGAGGUCAUGGACGGGACGAAGGAGGGAGAAGUGAAGGGAGGACGGACAGCAGGACAGACAGAGCCGACAGGAACGAACGAGGAAGAGGUCGCGCUAAUGAAACAUCUGAUAAAGGCUCCAACAGAAACUCCCGUAGUUCCCAACUGGAAAGCAGCCACGACAACUGGGAGUCACGGAGCAGUGCGGUACGUGAACGGAGCUCGGAGAGGAGCACGGAUCGCAGCGUCACCGAAAGAAGCUCCGAGAGGGGUUCGGACCGAGACCGCUAUGAGAGCGACAGAAGAGGAGAGCAGGCUCGAGACUCCUCCUACGACAGGAGAGGAGGACACGGAGAGCGGGAUCGCAGAGACAACAGGGAGAGAGACCAAAGGGCAGCUUCUCCAAGCAGACACCAGGGGAGGUUGGAGGAGUCUGAGAGGGAGGAGAGAAGGGAGGAACGCCGGACAGACAGAGCAGAGGACAGACGGGAGGACAGGACCCGUGAGCGAGAGCGAGAGAGAGACAGGGAGAGGGAGAAGGAAAAGGAUAGGGAGAGAGAGAGGGAGAAGGAGCGGGAGAAGGAAAGGGAGAGGGAGGCAGAGAGGGAGCGAGCCAGGGAGAGGGAGAGAGAGAGGGAGAGAGAACGGGAGAGAGAGAGGGAGAGGGAGCGCGAAGAGAGGGAGAGAGAGAGGGAGAGGAAGGAGAGGGAACGGGAGAGGGAGAGAGAGAGGGAGCAGCGGGAGAGGGAGAGGGAGAGGCAGCGGGAGUGGGAGGAGAGAGAGAGGGGGAGGGAGGAGAGGCGGGAGAGGAGGGAGGACGCCAGGGACGACCGGUCUGUCCGAGACACCCGGGACGAUCGCAAGCUGAGUCGUAAGAGACCCAGAGUGGAGAGCAGUCCGAGCCCUCGAUCCUCGCCUAAGCGAACCGCACGGGACCUCAGCCCAGCAGACAGUGACGGCUACAAUAGUGGCGAAGACAAAAGUGAGCGCCCGAUUGGCCGAGGGCAGGCCAAGCUCCACCCACAGCCCCUCCUCCCCAGCCCAGUGUGUCUGCCUCCAUCUGACAAUGGAGACAAGCAUCGGCUGCUGAGUCAGGUGGUGCGUCCCCAGGACCCGUUGUUAAGGUCGCCAUCCAGAGGUGCUGCAUCCGAUGACAAGGCUGCUCACUGGAAGGACGAGGAGCGAAGGGGAGCCGGGGACAAAAGGGAGGCACGCAGUCGCCACGAGGAGCUGGAGGCUCGUGGAGAACGUACCAGAGGAGGCGACAGACGUGGAGAUCACCUCUCAGGCAUGCCGUCUGACUCCCGCAGCCGAGGCAGAGACCAGCGAGAAUCUACGCCGCCGCCUCCGUCUCCCUCCGCCCUCGCAACCAGCAUCGAGGACAGAGACACUGGUGGGUCCCAGUUCCACGAGGAGGGCAAAAAGAAGACAAAGUCACAGAGGAAGGGCUUAAAGAAGGGCCGAAAAGAUGAGGAGAGUGGCGGCGGGAGUAGCCUGGCAGCUGCAGGGGACCGUUUCAACCCCGAGCCUCCGUCUAGUGCUUCUGGAGAUGUGGCUCCACCUUUACACUCUCCCAGGAAAGGAGCCAAGAAGAAGGCCCUGGACCGAAAGAGGAAACAGUCACGAGGAGGAGAAUCUGAUGCUUCUGAGGAGGAAACUUCAGCCCAUCAGCCACACAGUAAGAGGAAGAAGGGUCCUCGAACACCUCCGCCCUCCAUGAGGCCCGAUCAUCGCAGUACUGGAGGCAACGCAGAACCUUCCCCUCUGUUGAAAAUGGACAAUUUCAGUGACUGGUCAGAUGAGGAAGUGACAGACCGAGGAGGACCCCUGGAAGCUCAGGCUCACCUGGGUCCUGCUGAGAGGACUUCAGCUGAACCUCUUAGGAGAGGUGGUGGCCCCAGGGUGGGCAGGGACAGGGAGAGGUGUAACCCCCCACCCAUCGCCCCUUUACUCUCCCAGGAUCCUCCGAUGCUGCUGCAGACUAUGACUCCACAGCCUCUCAUGUCGCAGCCUCUGCUCCGCAAACCUCCACCAGAGCAGACACGCAGCAGCAGCAUGGGCAGCAACCAGAGCCGCACAUCGUCCCGACGCCUGCGCUCACCUUCCAACGAGUCCGCUCACCGAGAAGACCCCCAGGGUCCACGGUCGCGUCGAGGGAGACUGCAGGGCACCAACUCUCGAGACAGAGAAAGAGAGCGCGAGAGGGAAAGAGAGAGAGAGCGUGAACGCGAGAGGCCGGCGGUGAAUGACCCUCCAGGGGCUGAGAGGAAAUCUCGAAUCGACCAGCUGAGGAGAGGAGAGCCGAGCCGCAGCACCUCAUCAGAUCGGCAGGAUUCCCGCAGCCACAGCUCCCGACGCAGCUCUCCUGAUUCUGAGAGGCAGGCCAGGUCUAGGUCUCGUGCCGGCUCCUACGACAGUCGGGAACGGGAGAGAGACAGGGAGCCGUUUGAGCGGGAGAGGGAACGAGACCGAAAGGACCUCCGACCUCAGCAGCAGCAGCAACAUCAGCAGCCGCUGCUCCUCCAGCAGCCGUUGCAACAGCAGAGAGACUGGGAGCCUGAACCCAGAGACUGGCCGAGCAGAGGGAGGGAGCCCCUGCUGAUGCGUCCCGGUCGGGAGCCUCUCCUGAGGGAGCGGGACAUCAGAGACCGGGAACGCCUGCUUCCCGAAGGACUCAUCCAGCAGCACGAACGGGAACGUGAGCGAGAGAGGGAGCGGGAGAGAGACGGCCGAGGUGAGAGAGGGGGAGAUCGAGAGAGGAUGAUGAUGAUGGAUCUCCCGCUUCACGGAGACCCCAGGGCUCCAGGACGAGGGGACAUGAGGGGUGAAAUGAGAGGAGACCUGCGAGGAGACAUGAUGAGGCCGGACAGGAGCGACUAUGAGCCUCUGCUGCCAAGAGAAGCCUUCAGUCCUCCGGAGCCUGAAAAAGCCAGCAACAGUCACCAUCUGAUGGGAGAGCAGCGGGAGCUGGAGAAAACCGACAGCAUCGAUGAUGAUGAUGGGAAAGAAGAUGAUGGCCAGUCAGUGGCGUCUGUGGGAGAGGAGUAUGAACCAAUCAGUGAUGAUGAGCUCGAUGAAAUUCUGGCUGAUAGUCAGAAGAAAGAGGAUCAGCAAGACGAUGAGAAAAUUACAGGUCCUCUGGAUGUGAUCGAUGUGGACUGGUCCAGCCUGAUGCCCAAACAGAAGCAGGAGCCGCGGGCAGCAGGGGCAGCUCUGCUCCGGUUCACCCCAGGGGCUGUGCUUCUUAGGGCGGGAAUCUCCAAGCGACUUGCUGGCCCCGAACUCCUGGAGCAAGUCAGAGAGGUGUGCAAGUCAGAGCUGGACGAUCCCAAAGAUGCUGACAAGCUCUUUGAGUAUGAUCUGGGGGCCCUGAAUAUGGCGGCCCUGAACAGGCGGGUGGAGAGGGCCGGUUUACUGACCAACCUGGGACCCUGCUGCAAGGCCCUGUGCGCUCGCAGGGACUUCGCCAUCCGCCGGCAGCUGUUAAAAAACGAGAAGGGCCUGACCAAGCAGUACCCCACUACCCCCGUGGUGGACAGCGAGCUGCUGCAGAUGAGCAUGCGUCUCUUCAGGAGGACCAUGGCCGGCCAGGCUUCAGCCCCAGAAAGGUCGGAUAGUGUGUCGACACCGGCAGCAGAAGUUGCUGAAGCUGGUGGUAGUAAUAAGCUCAGCACGAGUCAGCCAGAGGUGUGUGUGUCCUGAGAGUAAAACACAUGAAAGUGAAUGCUUCUCAGCCUUUAACGUCUUUAACGCCCCUGGCUAUGUUUCUGUUUCAUUUCAUUACAUCGCAUAGCCGCUUUAGUCACGAGAGGAAAUAAAGAAAAAGCGCAAAUUUGUGAAUCAGUUCUGCUUUCCAUGUUUUGAAUAAUCUGCUGUAAAGUGCUGCUCCAUAGACUACCGGACAUUCCAGCCUAUGGAGGCGUGUGAGGAACAUAAAACACACCUGAACAACUUCAUGUUUUCUGUGCUUUACAGUGUGUUAGAGCAGAUUUUGUCACUUUCUCCUUCCUAACUGCUUCAUUUUCUUUGUUGUGCAUUGGUUUCUGCAGCUGUGCAUUAAAAUGGUUAGAUGUUGAUUUUUGGGGGGGUCUUUUGCUUUAUAUAAAAUGACUGUUCAACCUUCAGUUUCUCCAUGUUGUUACUGCUAUUUUUGUUUACACCAUAUUACACGAUAUCUGCAGAGCAAACCUCUAGAAUUGGCUGCAGAACCACAUCACUGAAACAUCCUGCAGGGACUUGAAUGAACAUUCCUCACCCAUAAGCACUGCCAAACUAUUCCCCUCAUUGAAUGUAACUUGUUACAGUCUGUGGGAACGUUAUUUUGUUUUGAUUGAUGUAUUUGUUUUGAAUGGUUUGGCAAUGUCUCCUCUGACAUGAACUGAAGUGAAUUCCAGAUCGCCAACACUGUCAUGUGGAGUUCCUCUCCUCACCAGCCCCCCCACAUCAACCAAAAAAGGAGCUCCAGUAGGAAAAGACAGUAGAGAAGAAUGACUGAAAGAUAAUUAAUCUGAGCUCCUUUCUGUAUCCAGCAGUUGACCAGUAAGUGUUGCACCUCUAGGAUGUGGUCGUAUCGACACUCUUACAGCAUUGUGUGAGUCCUGGGACACAAUUUCAAUGGACAAACCAGCAGCACUGUUUAAAGAACAGAUUGAAAAAUGCCCUGGAUUCAACAUGACGACCCCCCAUCCACCAUGCGACUGAGACAUGAAAUCUAAGUAACAUUACAGAAUGGGGAGGUUGAGCUCUGAUACAGCCCUCUAUCUUUUAGUCUGACCACACCAUGGUGUUCGAAAACACUUUUCCUACUUCUAUUUUUUUGUUUUGUCUUUGGUUCGAGGUAAAUUUUAAGAUGUGCCAGUAAUGAUUUUAUGCUGUAUUUUUUACUGUAAAAUAAAUGUGCAGUGACGUUUUUUUAAA